AGCACCCACAGAAAGCUGGUGACUCGACACCUCCACUCUUUCUUUCACCUUCUUCGGAUACCGUUUCUUCUUCUACCCUCCCGGUCCUUAGGAAAUACUGUCGUGGGCUGCGGGCUCCCUGGUCCAGAGUCACGAACCUCGCUCCAAGGCAGCAAGCUGGUCUCCAACCAGCCAUUGCCGCUCGGAGGUUCUCACCAGAUCCCGCACUGGAGCGCCCUCAAAUUCUUCAGCUCGAGCCGUCAACCAUACCAACUUGCAACAUACGUAUUUCCGGAGCGUAAUGUUGCCUCUCGCAAGGCAUCUUCCGUUCCGUGGUAUCGGUGAUCAGCAGUCCUGUCAGCAGCCAGGGUCCUGCACCACAGGAGCAGCGGUCUCGGCUCCGAAGCCAAGCAACGGAAGACUCGACCUCCAAGCCAGCAUUGACGUCGAAACGGCCGGUCAAUUUUUCUUUCUUCGAGUUUUCUCAUUUUUCAGCUUUUUUCACCUAUUACGUACUUCGCGAGACCUAUUUCUUCGAGGCGUCUCCACUCUUUUAUCACCAAGCACGCUGCACGGCACUCCGAAAGCCAAAGGGGCUACCCCCGUCUCUACGCUAAGCAGCGACCCGGCCCACCAGGGGCACGAGGGAACGCCUUUUCUCUCUCGACACUUAUGUCGUCCUCCCAACUUCCUGUCCUCUUGCGAAGCCUCUUGUGUCGGACCGCAGAUCGAUUGCUGGUUCCCCAUCGGCCCACCCGGUUCGCAAAUUCUCGCAUGCCUCCGACCGAUUCGCACAUCAGCCCAGGACAGCACCGUGUGUUACCUAAGCACAAAUGUGGCACAUGCAUACGCUCGCAGCACCUUUCUCGGGACCACCGAUGACCAAACGCUCGGAACAUCUCUGAGAUCAUUCUUGCUUUUCGCUGGCAACACCUUCCGAACGCACACCCGCCAUACUCGGGCUACAAGACUUCAGCAGCCCUCGAGUCUUUCGAUCAGCACAAACGCCUUGACAGACAUCGAGGUCAACCUCCACGCUUACCGGCCUUUGUUGGACCAUUACCACCUUGGUGGUCCAGUCACUCGGCACAACACAACACCGCGAGAAGCAACUGAUGGGAGCCAGAAGUGGUGUUUUACUGCUUUGGUAUUUCAUUAUUGUUGUUGCUGUAAAGCAUCUCGCGUGUCUCAGCUGUCCGCCGCCGUCUACGCGAUAUCAGUACGACUACUUGUUUACAUAUAUACAUGAGUCGUUCCCCACUUCGCCAAAUCUACACAAAAGCCGCAGCCCAAACGCCUCGCCCCGGCCAGGUCCUUCUCUUUAGCCCUGGCCCCAUAUCGCUAAAUGCAUCAAUCGAGAGUUGAG